AUGCACUCUUACCUCCAAGGCGUCCACCCUCUCAUUGGCCCUGCCAAAUGGGGUCAGGAUUCUCAGAUCGCAAUGCCGUGGAAGCAUUCUGUUUGUUACCAUCCUCGGCAGUGCGACAAGUGCACCAAAUUGGACAUACCCUGCAUUGUCCUUCCGGACAAAAAGUUCAGAUACACUCGACUCGCAUGCGCAAACUGCGAUCACAUGAAGAUCACCUGUGCCAUCGACGGUGUCGGCAUCAGGCAGAGAAUGCAAGCGAAGGUGGCCGCGGCAACAUCAAAGCUGGCCAGAAACUCCGGAACGCGCAUGAAGACGUCCCAUGUGAUCUCCAAGACCCCGGGUAAGAGAUCACUUGCCAAACCCCCUCGGGUUGAGCUCAACGAAAUUGAAGAGAAGAAGCAACAGCCGUGUCCGCCGGUCGGUGCACCCAUGCGCACAGUCCCAACCGUUGGCACAAGCUGUCGGCCAGCACAGGACAAUCAGCCUGCGCCAGAAAACCGCACCGAUCCCGAGCCAACUGCAAGAGACAUCUUGCAGAGCAUCCACGACCUCGGCAGGAGAUUGGAUCUCCUGGCCACCAAUGAGAGGGUGGACGCCUUGGAGGUAAGAGUGCAUUCGGUGGAGAAUAUCCUCCACCAGCGGUUAGAUGCACUGGAGCAAAGGCUCAACGCCUCAGAUGCCCAGUAG